AUGUUCUCGAAGCUUGGCCGAUACGCCGCCGUGCUAUGCCUUUGCCAUGUAGCUGCACAGAUAGGAUCUGUGUCAGCCGACAAGGUUCUGGUUGUACUCGAGAAAGAUCUCGAACAGCAAGACUAUGCGCUCACUUGGAGCUCGCUUGAAGGUGAGCCCGGGCUCGCCCUCCUGUGCUGCAAUGGCCAACUGCUUGCUCCGCACCAUCACCCCUGCGACAAGCCACGUCGACCGGAUUGGCUUUGUUCCAACGUAUCCUGAACAGACAGACGCUGACGCUGCUCUUGACGUGGCCACACUUGCACAGCUCGAGGGCACGAGCUCAGCUUCCGUGACGCUUCUGAGCGUGCCACGUCGACGCUGGAGGCAAGCCAGUUCCAACACAUCCUCUUGUUUGCGCCGUCGGCGAAACGUGAGUGCUUUCCACCCAGUUCAGAGGCCGGACGACGAGCCCUCAGUCUGUGGAAGUAUCUGCACGCUGUUUCACACCUCGGGUCAAUCUACCGGUCGCGAGCCCGGCAGCUUGCUGUUCCGCGCUUGUCCCCCCACCCCCCCACCAGGUUCUCGAGGAGGCGGUGGUAGGCUGAAUUCGGCCGAGCUGAGAGCCUGGGACUGACCAUUCCACUUGAUGGUCGUGUUGCUCGCGCCGAUCUAGAGCUUCCGGAGGACUUGAACGCCCAACGUCUCGUGGAAUACACCCAACACGGCAAAAACCUGCUCGUGGCGCUUUCGCCGCAUGUCUCGGAGUUUUGGCGCGACUUUGCUCGCGAGUUCGACCUCGAGUUCGACGAUCGCGGCACUCGAGUCAUCGACCACUUCAGUUAUGACGUGAGCUUGGACGACGACUCGUCGCAUUCGGUCAUCGUUGUGCCGCUCUCCGGCUCCCGAUCCCCCUUUGUUGCACCCGAGACCAGCGCCGGUCCUCCCGUAUUGUAUCGAGGUAUCGGCCACGCCGUCGGCCGUCGGCCGCUCGCCACGAAUAUUCUUUACGCUCCUGUAACAUCUUAUAGCGGCGAUCCAUCGCGCGUUGGCAAUCUAGCCGACGAUUUGCACCUCGCUGGGACGUCUACAGGGCUGGUCACUGCUUUCCAGGCUAAAAACAACGCUCGCAUCACUUUCGUCGGCUCGACAGAUGUCUUCUCCGACGUGUUCCAGAGCACGAGCAUUGAAUCAAGCAACGGACUCAGGCAAGUGGACUUGGCUUUGCCCAGUGUUAUUUAGUAGCCCCUGUCAAGUGCUAAUGCGCGCUUGACAGGUAUCCGCGCUCCGGCAAUACCGCCUUUCUCUCCGAUCUCACACGGUGGACGAUGCAAGAGACUGGCGUCAUCCGCAUCGAUGCUACUCGUCACUAUCGCGUGAGCGACGGCCAACGCCAAGAUCUCUACUGCAUGGGGGAAGAAUUGGUGCGCUAGCUCAGCCCCCCCCCCGAGACUUCGCUCAACUGAUCGGCCUAAUUCGCGAGUCUACAGGCCUACAACGUGGAUCUUGUCGUCAAGGACAAGGACGCAAAUCUGCUCGCCCAUCUCGAUGAUCUGCAACUCGAUUUCACGAUGCUGGACCCCCACCUCCGCGUUCCGCUGACGAUUUCGGACCAAGUUCACGGUCGCAUGGGCGAGACCGCAGUACGCUACACGACAAGUUUCCAGGCGCCGGACCGCCAUGGCGUGUUCACCCUUCGAGUGGACUACCGAAGGCCCGGUUGGAGCUUCCUGGAUGAGAAGGCGGUAGUAUCGGUGGCACCUUCGCGUCACGACGAAUUUGAGCGGUUUAUCACUGGUGCUUUGCCCUACUACGGUGGUGCUCUCAGCGUUUCGGUAGCGACUCUCGUACUGGUUAUUUUGUGGACAUUGCAAUGA